CCGCUCUCUGUCCGUCCCUCGGUCCCUCCGUCCCCGCGCGGCCACCAGCAGCGCGCCGGCCCCAUGGCUGCAAAAAGUAAGAGUAAGGGCUCAUCAGUGCCGAACUGCUUUGGCUAUCCCUUGAGCAUCUUCUUCAUCGUCAUCAAUGAGUUCUGCGAGAGGUUCUCCUAUUAUGGCAUGCGAGCUGUGCUCGUAUUGUAUUUCAAGUACUUCCUGCGGUGGGAUGACAACCUUUCUACAGCCAUCUACCACACGUUUGUUGCUCUGUGCUACUUGACGCCCAUCUUGGGAGCGCUCAUUGCAGACUCUUGGCUGGGAAAGUUUAAGACCAUUGUCUCCCUGUCCAUUGUCUAUACAAUUGGGCAGGCAGUCAUGGCUAUAAGCUCCAUAAACGACAUGACAGAUCAAAACAGAGAUGGCAAUCCUGAUAAUAUUGCGGUGCACAUUGCCCUGUCUGUGACUGGCUUGAUUCUCAUUGCACUUGGAACUGGUGGAAUCAAACCUUGUGUGUCAGCAUUUGGUGGGGAUCAGUUUGAAGAACAUCAGGAGAAACAAAGAAGUAGAUUCUUCUCUAUCUUUUAUUUGUCCAUUAAUGCUGGAAGUCUCAUAUCCACUGUAAUCACCCCAAUUCUCAGAGCUCAAGAAUGUGGCAUUCACAGCAGACAGCAGUGCUACCCGCUGGCAUUUGGAGUUCCUGCUGCCCUCAUGGCUGUUUCAUUAAUUGUAUUCAUAGCUGGAAGUGGAAUGUACAAAAAAGUUCAGCCACAAGGCAAUAUAAUGGUCCGAGUUUGUAAAUGCAUUGGAUUUGCCAUUAAAAACAGGUUUCGGCAUCGCAGCAAAGAGUAUCCAAAAAGAGAACACUGGCUAGACUGGGCAAGCGAGAAGUAUGAUAAACGACUAAUUGCUCAGACCAAGAUGGUGUUGAAGGUGCUUUUCCUUUACAUCCCUCUCCCCAUGUUCUGGGCACUUUUUGACCAGCAGGGAUCGAGAUGGACACUGCAAGCCACAACAAUGGAUGGGGACUUUGGAGCUCUUCAGAUUCAGCCAGACCAAAUGCAGACUGUCAAUCCAAUCCUGAUUAUAAUAAUGGUCCCAGUUGUGGAUGCUGUGAUUUAUCCUUUAAUCCAGAAAUGCAAGAUCAAUUUUACGCCCCUGAGGAAGAUCACUGUUGGCAUGUUCCUUGCUGGCCUGGCUUUCAUUGCUGCUGCCCUUGUGCAAGUGCAAAUAGAUAAAACUCUUCCAGUUUUCCCUGCAGCUGGACAGGCCCAAAUCAGAAUAAUAAAUCUAGGUAAUAGCAAUGCAAAUGUUACAUUUCUGCCUGAUCUUCAGAACGUGACUGUUCUUCCUAUGGAGUCGACAAACUACAGGAUAUUUGAGACUUCUCAGUUAAAAUCUGUAAUCAUAAACUUUGGGAGUGAGAAUAGAAGUGAAAGUAUCGACUCAACAAGCAGCAACACGCAUACUGUCACCAUUAAGAAUGCAGCAACAGGCAUUGUUUCUAGCUUGCGGUCGGAUAAUUUCACAUCAAAACCAGAAGAAGGAAAGAAUCUAAUCAGGUUUGUAAAUAAUUUGCCUCAGACAGUCAACAUCACUAUGGGUGACACGGAUUUUGGAAUACUGGAAGAGACAAGUAUCAGUAAUUACACCCUUUUUUCAGGAGGAAGAACAGAUGAUAUAGUAAUUGUUGCAGAUUCAACUAAUUGCACAGUAACUUCAGAGGCAUUAGGAUAUGGUGGUGCUUAUACAAUCAUAAUUAAUGAGUGUUCUGAAGACGUGACUCAAUUAAGAUACAUUGAAGAUAUCCAACCCAAUACAGUCCAUAUGGCUUGGCAGAUCCCUCAGUAUUUCUUACUCACAUGUGGAGAAGUAGUCUUCUCUGUCACUGGGCUGGAAUUUUCAUACUCACAGGCACCAUCUAAUAUGAAGUCAGUGCUGCAGGCAGGAUGGCUGCUAACAGUGGCUUUUGGUAACAUAAUUGUCCUGAUUGUGGCUGGAGCAUCCAAACUCAGUGAGCAGUGGGCAGAGUAUGUUCUCUUUGCUGCCUUGCUGUUUGCAGUUUGCAUUAUUUUUGCUGUCAUGGCGUAUUUUUAUACGUAUAUUGAUCCAAAUGAGGUUGAAGCCCAACUUGAUGAGGAAGAAAAGAAAAAACAAAUAAAACAGGAUCCAGACUUGUACGGAAAAGAAUCUGAAGCUGACUCUCGGAUGUAGAAGGUGUAUUCAAGAGCAUUUGUAAAUCAUGGUAGCCUGUUAACUCUCCCUGCAAUAACAGGAAUCGGGGUAUUGCUGACAUCACUGGGUAAUAUACCUCAUGGGAGAGGCUAAGAAAAGCUGUUCUGACUUAGCAUACAGCCUCUUGGGAAGAAGAUGAAAUGAUUAAUCUCUUGUACAGAAGAUGGCAUCCUGAGGAAACUCCUGCAGAAUUUGCACUCUUAAAAUGUACCUCAAGCUUAAUACCAUAGCAUUAAAAUAUUGAAAUUGCACUUGGCACUAUUAGACACUCUAAAAAGAUGUAUUUUUAUACUGUAUUUCAAUUUUAUAAUGUGGAGGGGAGGGGAAAAAGGUGUUGCCAAGAAAUAGUAAUUGAAGCCAAACUGUCUGCACGACCCUUCUAGCCUCACUGUUACUUGAAAGCAGGUCACAUAUGCCUUAAAUUCUUUUAUAUGUCCUUAAGGAUAAUGGGAAAAAAGCUCUUGGAUUUCUCAGAUUAAAGUGUCUAUGCUCUACCUAGCAGUAACUUGGAAAUGCACUGUGAUGUGCUUUCUGUGCCUAUUAUUAACUGUCCGUUGGUAUGUCCUUAAUUAAUUGUGUUAAUGGGGUGUCCACUGAGGUGAACAGACAAUGGCAAAUUAUAUUUUGAAUAACCAACAAGAAUAAAACUUGUGUUGUAACAAAUUA